CACUUUUUAUUUCUUUAUUUUUUGUUAAUUAUUAAUUGUUCAAAAAAGAUGACUUUGCUCCAGACUCCAGUUUGGUUUGAGGGGACUUUAGCCAAGGCCGCAGCGCAAGCGACAUCCUGCCGACUCAUUCUUCUAGUCUGCAUCGUUGAUGGCUCGAAGCCAGAGGACCAAGACUGUGUGAACCGCGUUCUAGGUGCCAGCACGGUGUUCACAAAAGUAACCAAGAGCUGUGUGUGUGUGCGCAUGGUCCGCGGCAGCGAAAACGAGAUCAUGUUCACAAAGCUGUUCCCUGUAUCCACAUUCCCCAGCAUCUAUUUUAUUCACUCCAGCGGCAACGUGUUGCUCAGCGGGAAGGACAUUGUCGAGGCCAAGGUGUUGGUGACCCUGAUGAAGAAAACCAGCAUUUCUGAUGUUAGCUCAGCGAGUUCGAAAUACUCUCACUAUGUUCCUCCGAUGCCCAAGCCGACCCCCGAGGCCGAGGCUGAAGAGCGCCACACUGACACUAUAAAUGCCGAGAGGUACCGCAAAAUGCUUGUUCAACAGACUUCGAAAGACGCCAAGUAUAUCAAGCAGCUACGCAAGGACAUCCAGGACGACCGAUUGACAUACCAGAACAUACAUGGUCCACCGCCUACAAUUAGCCCUAAGCCAAGCAGCAACGAUCUCGUUAGCGAGCAAGCUGCACAAACACACUCGGUUCUUAACGAGCCGGAUUGUGGCAAAAGCGGGAAUGUGCGCCUACGUUUCAGAGUUUGCAACGGAGCAACAUUGAGCGGCGACUUUCCUUUGGACUCUAAAUUUAUCAGUGUUCGUGUGUUUCUCGAGGAAAGCCUUGACCGGGCUCGAGAGAAUAUUGAAAUCAAUUUGACUUUUCCUCACCUGGUUCUCGGAAGUGACGUGGAUGAGAAGACCCUGAAAGAGCUCGAGAUGACGCAGACCGCGACUCUGCUUGUUCGCUUUUGGGGGUGCCCGCAAAGCCAGAUAUCUGGGAAAUCGGUAUUGUCGCGGAUUACUCCAUUCAAGCUUGUUUUUGCACUGUUGCUUGUCCUGCUCGCCGCCUGGUUGUCCGCGAAUGGCUUCGGACAAGUGUCGCAGCAGGAUGCACGCACAAUGCAACCGAUCGACAGUAGCAAGGUGUUGUAUUCGCAUGAAGCCGACUCUCGCCGGAACAACCUGGCGAAUAUCUUGUUGGAAAUAUUCGAAGAGGAGUUUGACAUAGAUGUGUAGCGUUUGGUUUUCCUUUUUUAUUUGCUAUUGAUUGUGAGCAAAUAAAGUCUCCAAAGUCUCUAUUUACAGAGAAGUGGGUUUUUUUGUCACUUUUUGCAGUUGGGCUUUGUACUUUGGGUUGCUUUAUUUUUAUAUUUCCACCCGCUUCAAAUACACUUUCUUUUUUAAUUGAC